GCAUGACGCUAACGGUCAGCGAUGCUCUUGAUUGUCUAUUGUGUUAACAGUUUGGAUUUUCGUAGAAGAUUUCGUUAUUUUCUUGACUUAUUUAUUGACUAAUAACAAAUAACAAUAGAAUAAAAUAUUUUAGUUAACUUGAGUUUUUAUCUUAGUGUCACGAUGGUGUUAAAUAAACGAGAUUUAGAAAAAGCUUUUUCACCUAACAAAGUUAAAAGACUUGUUAAAAGACCUGGAAUAAAUCCAGCUAAGCCAAGCACAAGUGGAAGUACAUCAAUGGUGCUUAGUGAUGAUGAUCAGACAAGUAUUAAAGUUGUAGUAAGAAUUAGACCGCCAAACGAAAAAGAACAACAAGAAAAUUUCCGAAAUGUUAUCAAAACAGUUGAUACAAAAAUGUUAAUCUUUGAUCCAAAAGAAGAGGAAAAUCCUUUUUUUUAUCGAGGCAUCCAGCAAAGGGGUAGAGAUCUUUUGAAAAAACAAAACAAGGAACUUCAAUUUAUGUUUGAUCGUGUAUUUGAUAUGACUGCCUCUAAUGCAGAGAUUUUUGAUGGGACAACGAAAGAAAUAAUUUCAGACUUACUUGAAGGAUAUAAUUGUUCAGUGUUUGCAUAUGGAGCAACAGGAGCUGGUAAAACUCACACGAUGCUAGGAAAAGAUGAUGAUCCAGGGAUUACCUUUCGGACUAUGGCAGAAUUAUUUACUCAAAUUGAAGAACAAAGUGAACAUCGAGACUUUAAUCUUGGUGUAACUUAUUUAGAAAUUUACAAUGAAAAUGUUCAAGAUUUAUUAAAUAAAAGUGGUCCUUUAGCAUUGAGAGAAGAUGGUAGAUCAAGUGUUAUCGUUGCUGGAUUAAAAAUAAAAACAAUUAACAGUUCUGAUGAACUUUUAUCACUUCUUGCAUACGGAAAUAAAAAUCGAACACAGCAUCCAACUGAUGCUAAUGCUGAAAGUAGUCGUAGUCAUGCUGUUUUUCAAGUUUACAUCAACAUUACCAAUAAAUUAGAUGGUCAAGUUAAACAGGUAAAACUUUCUAUGAUUGAUUUAGCUGGAUCUGAAAGAGCUUCGGCCACGGGAUGUAAAGGUGCAAGACUUAAAGAAGGUGCGAAUAUUAAUAAAUCUUUGCUCGCACUUGGCAAUUGUAUAAAUAAGCUUGCAGAAGGUAUUAAACAUAUUCCAUACAGAGACUCCAAAUUAACUCGUCUAUUAAAAGAUUCUCUGGGUGGUAAUUGUCGAACAGUUAUGAUUGCUAAUAUUGGACCAUCAAGUUUGACUUAUGAAGAUACUUAUAAUACUCUUCGAUAUGCUAAUAGAGCUAAGAAAAUUAAGACUCACAUGAAAAAAAAUAUUAUAUCAUGCGAAAUGCAUGUUACAGGGUAUAUCAAGCUUGUGGAAGAGCAAAAGAAAGAAAUAAAUUUAUUAAAGCAAAAAUUAGCUGCAAUCGAAGGAAAAUCAACGCCGAAAAAAUCAUCAGAAUCUGAAAAUGAAGAAAUGAAAAAAGAAAUAAAAGAAUUGAAGGAGAAAAUGAUUGAAUUACUAGAAAGAAAACGAUCAUUAAAUGAGAAAAUUCUUGUACUACAGAGUAGUGAUAAAAUUCUUUGCUGUAGAAUUCAACAUAAACUUGCGGCUGAUAAACGUUUACAAAAUCUAACAAUGAACGUUGAUUUAAUAAUUGAAGAACAAAAUGCAAGCGGGAAAUCACGGGUCAAUAAAUCUCUUCUUCAUUUUAAACGACAACGAGACAUUGUUAAAACACAAAUGGUCCAAGUUUGGAAUGAACUUCAAGAAGUUGAGCAAAAUAUCAAUACUCUUAAUAAUGAAAUAAGGACAAAAGGUUUUGUAGAUAAAUUAAUAGAUACGUGUGCAUAUCAAAAAAGUCUUUUGGAUUGUCUACGAUCUCAACAGCAAUAUGAACAUGCGAGGAAAGUUUGCAGUCUUCAACUUUGUGAAUUAGAGUCACUGGAGACGAUUAAUAAAAUGACAAGCAGCACCUUGCAAUCAUACUACAAUAUGAUGAGAGGCUAUGGAACAAUGACAGAUAAAAUGAAAGCUGAAUUCAAACACUUAGUAAAGUCUUUGGAAGGAGUUAGGAAUAUUAAAUGGGCUGAUGCCGAUUUAGGAAAUUCUCAAGAUUCCUAUAGUCUUACAUGUCUAUCCAUUGAUCAACUGUUGGAUCCAAUAAACAAUGAAAUGCCAAUACAUUCUGCUUCCUAUUUAGAUGAAGAUGGAGGGCCAAUUUCACCAAAUUCUGGGAACAACAUUGUGGAUAAAACUUUCAAUACUUCACCCAGCAGUGAUCUUUCUAAAACAGAAGUUCUCGAUUCGACAAUUACUUUUAGUGAUCAGGAUUCACCUACAGUCAAUGUCACCAUGGAAUUAAAUGGAAGUACAGGCAUAGAUGUAGCUAAACUAAAUAAUACAUUCAGUUUAAUAGAAAAUAAAUCAAAGAAAAGAGUUUUGAAUGAUAAAUCAGCUAUCGGAAGCAAACCUCCAGCUAAACAGCCGCGACGAAUUUCUCCUAAAACGAAAACUACCUUAACUCACACUAAUGGCAUCGCUGGAAAAGAGAAUAAAAGCACACAAAGACAUAUUACAUCUAUGACUGCUAAAAGUGUUUCGAUUAUAAAUAAAUUGAAGACUGAUCGAUCCAAACCCGUACCACAAUUAUCAACAGCUAAUUUAGAUCCUCCAUUAAACACUUCUGAUUCAUUAAAAGCUGUAAGAAGUAAAGAAAGACGUGGAAUAAGUGCAUCUCAUCCGUACCAAAAAAAUGUUAAACCGAAGGUAAAUUCGACAUCGAAUACAUCGCGAGUUCCUUGGUAAACAUUUAGAGGCUAAGUUUAAUAAUAUUUUUUAACAUUCAUAACAAUUUAAAUA